GUUCAGAGGGCUUUUUUUCCCCCAGUAGCUCCUGGUCUUUAUAAGCCACACUGCAGCUCAGACAGUCACCUGGAGCCACUACAGGACAAAGUGUGCCAUCUGUGAGCUCCAGGAUGCACUGUGCCAGCUGUGUGGGCCUCCUCCUGGCUGGAUUCCUGGCCCUUUCUCACAGUGAGCUUGAUGAGAUAGGUGAAUCCGACAUCUACCCAUUCUUAACUGCACCCCCGAACGUUCAGAUCGCUCCUGGAAAUACCAACUUUGCCUUCCGCUUCUACCACCUGAUUGCAUCCCAAAACCCCAGAAAGAACAUCUUCUUCUCCCCACUGAGUAUCUCACUUGCCUUCUCCAUGCUGUCGCUGGGGGCCGACAAGUCCAGCCAGAGUCAGAUCCUCGAAGGCCUGGGCUUCAACCUCACAGCGCUGUCUGUGCCCGACAUCCAUGAGGGCUUCCGGUACCUGCUGCGAAUGCUCAUGCACCCGGACCAUCCUGACUUAGAAACCCACGUGGGCAUAGCCUUGUUCCUGAGCCCUAACCUGAAGCUACUCCCACGGUUCAUUUAUGACAUCGAGGGUUUCUAUAACGCAAAGCUCCACCGCCCCAACUUCACAGAUGUCGCGGGUACAAGCCGGCUCAUCAACGACUAUGUCAGGGAAAAAACUAAUGGGAAGAUCUCAAAUUUGGUCAGCCAACUGAGCCGGGACAUGAAGAUGGUGUUGGUGAAUUUCAUCUACUUCAAAGGUCUGUGGGAGAAGCCCUUUCCUCCAUCCAGGAUUGCGCUCCGUGACUUCCACAUAGAUGACAAAACGAUCGUGCAGGUUCCCAUGAUGAUGCACUUUCAGGAGCCCCACUGGUAUUUUCGAGACAAGCGCGUGCCCUGCUCGGUCCUGAGGAUGGAUUACCGAGGCAGCAUGGUGGCACUCUUUGUCCUUCCUCACGAGGGCAAGAUGCACGAGGUGGAGCAGGUGUUGUCCCCGGAUAUGCUACAGCGGUGGCUCUACUUGCUCCAGAACAGGUACUUUCACAAGAGACUCACCUUGUACAUGCCCAAGUUCUCUGUCUCCAGUUCCUAUGAGCUGGAUCGGAUUCUGCCCAUGAUGGGCUUUGGGGACCUGUUCUCACCAAAUGCCAGUUUUUCCGGCAUCACGACACAACAGAAACUGUGGCUAUCCAAAAGUUUCCACAAGGCAACCAUGGACGUGAAUGAAGUUGGCACUGAGGCCGCGGCGGUCACUGGCGUCUCCACUGUGUUUCUUUCUGCCCAGCAAGACUAUCGUGUCCUUAUGUUCGACCGGCCCUUCUUUGUGGCACUUUUUUCCAACAUGACCCGCUCUCUGCUCUUCCUGGGAAAAGUGGUCAACCCCAUGGAGUCAUAGCCUCCCGGGACUGGCUGGUGUGUCACAAGAAGGCUGCGUGCAAGCAGCUCUGUGUCCUUGGCUGGGAACAGGGAAGAGGUUCCCACCCGAGGAAGAAGCCAGGGGAAGGGGAGGGACGUGGGCAGGGCAGAAUGGACUGGAAAGUGCAAGAGGCCCUUCUAUGGGGCCACACUGAUUAAACCAAAUGACAGCUCUGA